AUGGCUACCGACUCUCAGCCGAGCAAAAUGCACUCUUCGAAAGAACCCCUAAGCUAUGAGAAGACCACGCAAGUUUCCAAGGCUGCGAUAAUAGCAAGGUUCAUCAGCCAACUUGAGAGUGCGCGAAAUGACAAGAGCGUGCUAUCUAUCUUAUCAGGCAAUGAACUAGGUAUUGACGACAAAUGCAAAGCGAUGGAAGACGUAGGACAAAUCCCAGCUAUCACUGAAGAGAAAGAAGCUAUAUUGCUUGAAAAUGCACUUCGGCUUCAAGGCUCGCAUAGACUUGCUCAAUCGGUGUGCUACUAUUACAACGCCCGACAUACCUCAAAGGACAGAGUGUGGUGCAAGGCACUAAUUGAGGCUGAUAUUGAGAUACGCUGGAUUGUCCAACGAAUGAUCUGGGUUCAUCAACAGAUUCAAAUGAAAAGGCCUAUGAUCUUUGAACAGCACCUCAAAAAGCUGAACCAAGAGUAUUGGAGAGCCCAUAGGAAACUAUGGAUCGCAGAAGAUGCAACACGAGCAUUUGCAUUCCAAAGAAAAAAGAUCGACUGGUAUCUCUCUAAGGAACUAAGCGAAGAUUGUGCGGGACAAGGAGGUUGCUGUGGACGGACAUGCGGAUGUUGCGAAAGACCAUGGAAGAUUGAUGGGCUUCGAACAGAAGGGAUGCAAGACCGAGGUCACUGCACUUCAGCGUGCUCAUGUUGUCUAAAUUCCCACGGCCUCGAUGGUAAUGAUAUUGGAGACGAGAUCACAGACCUACAAGAUCUUCACUUUGAUACUACCAACACUCAAGAUAUCGCGGACCCCCAUACCUUGCGUCUGCUCAAGGGUUAUGUUUUUUAUUUCUAA